AGUGCUCUCGCGUUUCUUUUUGGGGGCAUAAAAAAAGAAGGCAGUCCGUUUAGUUACAGCAGAGAUGACGCCACUCCGAUCCUGAGAGUCCCUAGCGAGCCAGGGCUAGUGGACAGUGGGGGCGGGACGAAUUACUUCUCCCAUCAUGCCAAGGAGCAGGCCCGCGCGUCCCACCCUGGGAGUUGUAGUCUCCUGUCCCUUGAAUCCAACGGCAUUCUCAGCGUGUGAACUCUGUUACCCAGAAGUCUUCUCAGGUCCUCCACCGAAGCUGGAAUUCCUUGGUUAAUUGUUCUCUCUGGCUAUUAGCGGAACCUGUUAGUGUGGCCCACGAAGGUCAGCGGAGCUGCGCGAGGCUAGUUGCUAAGCAAGAGGACCUUCGGUCAACUGCCACCUGGGCCUCGACGAGAGGAAGUCUCAAAUUCGUCACUACCCCGAAGUCCCUGCCAUGCCUCACAUCGACAACGACGUCAAACUGGACUUCAAGGAUGUCCUGCUGAGACCCAAACGCAGUACCCUUAAGUCUCGAAGUGAGGUGGAUCUCACAAGAUCCUUUUCAUUUCGGAACUCAAAGCAGAUGUACACUGGGAUCCCCAUUAUCGCUGCCAAUAUGGAUACUGUGGGUACCUUUGAGAUGGCCAAGGUUCUUUGUAAGUUCUCCCUCUUCACGGCUGUCCAUAAACACUACAGCCUCGAGCAGUGGAAAGAGUUUGCCAGCCAGAACCCUGACUGUCUUGAGCAUCUGGCCGCCAGCUCGGGCACAGGCUCUUCUGAUUUUGAGCAGCUGGAACAGAUCCUCGAUGCUAUUCCCCAGGUGAAAUACAUAUGCCUGGACGUUGCCAAUGGCUACUCUGAACACUUUGUUGAAUUUGUAAAGGAUGUGCGGAAGCGCUUCCCCGAACACACCAUCAUGGCAGGGAAUGUAGUAACAGGAGAGAUGGUGGAAGAGCUGAUCCUCUCUGGGGCUGACAUCAUCAAAGUGGGAAUUGGACCAGGCUCUGUCUGUACCACCCGGAAGAAAACCGGAGUGGGGUAUCCACAGCUGAGUGCGGUGAUGGAGUGUGCAGAUGCUGCGCACGGUCUCAAAGGCCACAUCAUCUCGGAUGGAGGUUGCAGCUGUCCCGGCGAUGUGGCCAAGGCUUUUGGGGCAGGGGCUGACUUCGUGAUGCUGGGUGGCAUGCUGGCGGGGCACAGUGAGUCAGGUGGUGAGCUCAUCGAGAGGAAUGGCAAGAAGUACAAGCUCUUCUAUGGAAUGAGUUCUGAAAUGGCCAUGAAGAAGUAUGCGGGGGGCGUGGCUGAGUACAGGGCCUCAGAGGGAAAGACUGUGGAGGUGCCCUUUAAAGGGGCUGUAGAGCACACCAUCCGGGACAUCCUUGGAGGGAUCCGUUCUACCUGCACCUAUGUGGGAGCAGCUAAGCUAAAGGAGCUGAGUCGGAGAACUACCUUCAUCCGUGUCACCCAGCAGGUGAAUCCCAUCUUCAGUGACGAGAGCUAGACCUGACAAUUCUGCCCUCCCAGGGCACCAGCACCCCUUCUGCAAUUCCCAACUCCUAGGACUCUUACUUGGUCAUUUCCUACCCUCUCUCUGCUGAGGGCUCCUGCAGUGAUUCUGCACUUAUCUAUCUGCACGUGCAAAAUGCCCAGGGUACUCACUGGGGAGGAAGCAAGGAAGGCAGGCUGAGAAAAUGAAGUAAGAUAAUCAAACAGGAAUCUGGGGACCCGGCAUUCUGAAGAUUAUUAAAAGGAAGAGAUGCUGAUUCAUACAUAAGGGCUUUAUGUGGGCUUGGUCUGGAAGAGACAGGUCUUUAGAAUCAUGUUUUGUUCAUCAGAUUCAUUAAAUAGAAUCUGGAAUAUCUACAAAGCUCAGAAGUGUUUAUAUAUUUUAAGUACCUCAAUAAAGAGAAAUCCCAGAG